GCCUGACAGACUGAACCCAGGACACUAACCACCCAUCUACCUUGUCCGUGUAUCGAUGAAAACGGUUACAUGAUCAACGCCGCCGCUGUUGGGUUGCUGAACAAAUAUUAGCUGUGUGCAUUCAGGAAAGGUACGCUCUGCUUACAAUUGACUAAUAUGUGGGAUUCCGAGUUUCUCUUAAGAGUUCUGUGGCUGGUUGUGUGCCAGGCUGCUGCUGGUUGGAGUCAGGCAAACAUAACCAGCAUGCUGGCACCACAGGCGGAUCGGGUCAUGGUGCUCGGAGAAUGGGAGGAACGCUGGCAGGCGGACAGGAUUGGUUUCCAUCAGCCUCAAGUGCACAAGAUGCUGGAGAGCAACAUUGAUAAAGUUCUCGCCGGACGGACAGGAGUUCGCUUCUUCUUCCCUCUCUGUGGGAAAGCUGUAGACAUGAAGUGGCUGGCUGACAUGGGCCACUCAGUGGUCGGGGUAGAGAUAUCUGAAAAGGCUGUAAAACAGUUCUUUGAGGAGAACAACAUGACCUACAGUGAGGAGCCUGUCCCUGCCAUACCUGGAGCAAAGGUUUACAAGAGCUCAGAGAGAAAUAUCUCCCUAUAUCAAUGUGACCUGUACAACUUUUCCAGUUCCAUUGAGGGAGAGUUUGGUGCAAUUUGGGACAGGGGAUCUCUAGUGGCCAUCAACCCAAGAGACAGAGAAAAGUAUGCUGCUCUCAUAAUGUCUCUCAUGGCCAAAGACUGCAGAUACCUUUUGGACACUUUGUUGUACAAUCCUGAAUUAUAUACAGGUCCUCCCUUCUUUGUGCCUGAUGAACAAGUACACAGCCUGUUUGGGAACAGCUGUGAUAUGGAACUGCUGCAGUCAGUGGAUGCCCUGACAGACAGACACCGAGCCUGGGGGCUGGAUUACUUAACCGAAAAUGUACACCUCAUCACUCCAAAGAGCGUUUAAAUCUUAACUUGUAAAUUUAGCGAGCUUAGAAAACCUGAUAAUGGGCACGUUAUUGCAAACAUAGGAUUUGGGCGUGUUUUGCCGAUGUAUUCUUUUUAAUGCUUAAGACAUCAAGUGAAGGUGCAUGGAAAUAAAAUGUCAAGAGAAUUUCUAAAUACAGUUUUAAACUCAUUCAUUUUCAUAAAGCCUAAGAACUGUAACAUGUAAAGUUUUGACUGAUUGACAAAUUAAAACUUGUUUCAUAACAAAA